AUGGGAACCACUUCAAUACCAACGUUCUUAUCGGAGGAUGGACUAUCAUACGGCAUGCCAAGCGGAGCAAGCCCCGCGCUGCACCCUAGCACUCCCUUCGGUAAUCCUCCGGUGAUUCAGACUACGGUCGAAGCGGAGCUUCUGGCUCAAAUGACUUCCCUUCGGAAGGAAAUGGCCAAGCUCCAAGAACAUAACAACCUCCUCUCGUCCAAAGUAGACGAAACCCAGUGGCUGCUUAAUCAGCAGGAAACGCAGAAUAUUCAAGCUACGGAACCUUCCCAGAGUCUGCAGACCCCCGGUCAGCAGAAGAAGGGGAAGAAGAGGGCAAAGGCAACGCCUACGCCUUCCAAACAGCUGGUAGUUCCGGCACCACGGGACCAGCCUCACGUACCAAAGAAGGUCUACACCGACUGUCGCCAUCGGAUCAACGACAAGGAGGCCGAAUGGCAGAGGUCCCCAACCAGGAUCAAUGCUCGCUUGCGGGACUCACGGAUGAGGGUCCUUGGAAACAAAUCACCCCUUAGAAAGGUCCAAGGGUUGGAGUCGGAGGUAGAAUCUGACGAUGAGUAUGCCUCCUCCAAGGGCACCGAAUCAAACUACCAUUCGGAAACUCCCACAGAGUAUUCAAAGGCAAGACCACCAAGUCCGAGGAGAACUUUCGAAGACUAUAGUUCCGAGGAGGUCCCAAGCCGAGACCCCGCUAUCCGUCUGCUCUUCCAGAGAAUUCAGAAGAUGGAAGACGACCGAACCCGGUCCCAGAAACCUGACUGGGGGAAACUUCGGCCGGGUCCCUUUACCGAGCGCAUCAAGAAGUCCAGACAGGACAGAUGCAAGGGCCUCAACGAUGAGGGGCAAUGUUUGUUGUUCCCAUCCUCCCUUACCGAAGCCGUUUUGAACUGGUUCUACCGUCUUGAACCAGGAACGGUAGACUCGUUUGACGAACUGAAACAGAUUUUUCUCAAUCACUUCAUGAUCCAGACGGACCGUCUGUACUCUGUAGACAAUUUGUACACGAUUCGGCAGAGAGAAGACGAACCCCUACGGGAAUACGCUGCGCGCUUCAGUCAUGAAUACUCGAGAUGUCCGGAAACGGAUGAUAGGGCAGCCUACGGCCCCUUCAAGAGUGGCCUUCGAUCCUCUCACUUUCGGUAUCUCAUGCACAGUAGCAACUGA